UGAGGUACUCUGGGUACCUGGAACACCAGGAUGAACCCUUCUGUACAAACUGGUACGACAGAUCUCAUGGGCUGAUGAAACUUGGCAAAGACAUUACGCUGGGAGGCGUGGAGGUUGGCCUGCUGACAAUGAAGAAAGGAGAGGUGGCGAGGUUUUACUUCUCGCCAGAGUACGCCUACGGCCACCAGGGCUGUCCUCCUCUCAUUCCUCCGAAUACCAGCGUUGUGUUCGACGUGGAGGUGCUGGACUUCAUUGACUCCAGUGAAUCUGACGUAUUCUUUGAGCUGACUGCUGAACAGCAGGAUACAUUUCCCCUACAAAAGGUGUUGGAAGUGGCAGACAUAGAGAGAAAGCUUGGGAACUACCUCUACCUUAAGCAGAACUUUGAGAGUGCCAAAGACAGAUACAGAAGGGCAUUCUCCGUCCUUGGCCGCAGAUCUUCUAGUGAGGCAGAGCAGUGUCAGAUCAACGCUUCCAAGUUGCUGUUGCUCCUGAAUCUCGCACUUACCUACCUGAAACUGGAACAUCCUGCCCAAGCUUUGGCGUACGGGGAGAAGGCCUUGGAGAUUGACCAAAGAAAUGCCAAAGCACUGUUCAGGUGUGGCCAGGCUUGUCUCUGCAUGACAGACUACAAAAAAGCCCGGGAUUUCCUGGUCAGAGCUCAGCAUGUAGAGCCAUUUAACCAUGAGAUUAACAAUGAGCUGAAAAAGCUGGCAAGCUGCUACAAGAACUACGUGGAAAAAGAGAAAGAAAUGUGCUGCCGCAUGUUUGCCACUCUCAGCUCCUCUGACUGA